GUACAUAAAACUACCAACAUCGUCAUCCUACACAUUGCAUCAUGCAUGUUCAUAAACAAGAGUUUUUGUCAUCAUAGUUGAUUUUGAAGUUCUAAAUCUUCGUAGGCGAGGUCGUUUUGGAAGCAUUACUUAAAUAUGGUCUAACUUUUAAUGUCACCACUAAACUUAUCUUGUCCUUCCUGCCUUGAAUAGAAUAUUAUUACACGAGCUUUGAUUUUAUCUGACAACAAAAAAUGCUGGUUUUUGCCAAAUAGUGCAAAAUAUUUAGCAAAAGGAUCAGCAUCAUUUGUCCACGGACUUAGCGUGGGUGCGUGGUGCACGGAUCGAGCGAUUGUUUCAUCUAGCGCCCCCGCGCCGAUUAGUGGCGACGCGCACUCGCCCGCCCGCCCGGCCAAGUGUCGCUCGUCUGUGCCUUACCUUACACCGCCCAGCCUUAGUCUCCAGGAUCACUUUGCAGGACACGCUGCCUCUGUAUUUGAUUCACAUUGAAUGUCAGAAGGCGACGUGUCGUUGAUCCGCGACGAAGAUUUACUGCGCCGCAUGUGGCAGCAGACUGAAGACUUCUCUCGCAAGAAAGAGAUCCGAGCGCACAUGUACCGACUGCGGGAGGAACGGCUGCGGGACUUGUACUCGCCCGAACCCACCAGAGAUGGGAAAGGUAGUGAGUUCAGUGCUGCGCAGGGCCACGUCAAGUCAUUCGCGGACCAGACCUUCCAGUCAAUGAAGAGCAAGGAGGUCCGUGACGCUGGCUCCCCACCCAAGGAGUUCACGUACCGCGGCCAAGAUCUGAAGGCGCUGUCGAACGCCGGCUGGAAUGUGGAGUCGGAGAACAAGACCACAGACGACGGGCACACGCAUGUCAAGUCCGUGCACGCUAACAUCGAGGGCCGGUACGACGUGGACGGUGGCAAAGGCCAGUUUGCGGCCGUUGACCACCAUAAGGAAGCUGUCACGGAGUACCACGACGACCACAGCAGCUUGAAGCGGAACCAGACCUCGUCCAACACAGCGGCGCGCGAGUAUGUCGUGCGCAACACUGACGACGGGACUCAAAUUUCGUCCACCACCAGCUCUUCCACGUCUUCCUCCAAGUUCCAGCAGAUGUCUUCAACAAGACAUGACACUGUGCCAUAUUUGACUAACGACGACUAUGACCUACGAAGUUACGAUACUAACCGUAAUGAGGACGUGUCCUCUGUAACAAGAAGACAAAUUGUAAGAACUAAUGACUACGAUCAAAGCACGAACAAUGAUUACGAACAAAAUGUGAGAAACAAUGAGCACCAGCAGCAUGUUAACAAAAAUGAUUGCGAACAAACUAUCACGAAGAACAAUUAUGAGCAUAGCGUGAAGAAGAAUAACUACGAACAAAAUGUGAGUAGAAAUGAUUACGAGACCGGAGAGCUUGUAUCUAGAAAGAUCGACUACCCUGAUGACAACACCAGAGUGAUUGUAGAGACGCGGUGCCUGCCUGAUGGAACUCGUGUAACUAGCACCAAGAGAGAAUUUCGGGCCCCGGUACAAAGCACACGUUCUGAGCAAUCUUACCAAGUAAGGGAAAAUAAGUCCUAUUCCACUCAACAACGAUCUGACAUCAAAGAAACCUCGAAAACAACUCAACGCGUAACAGAUAACCGCGUUACUGACAUCGUGGAUUCUCAAAGGAAUGUCGAUGAUUAUGAUUUCAAAAAACAAAUUGCAGAUUACACAAAAGACGAUGAAAACUAUUCGGAUGUAAAACGUUACGAAACUAAAAUAAACAAAAAAGUUGUGGAUCAUUCCAACCUUGACGACAACUACUCACAAACAACUCGUCACGUGACUAAAGUUACUCAAGAAGUUACUGAUAAUAAUGAUUACGUCCAACGCCAGCAACGUACGAAUCAAACCCACCACCGCCAAUACGUUACCAACGACCAACGUGAAACAGUAACGCGUGAUACUAAAACUGAUACGUCAACACCGCGUAGGGACCGUCCAGACGCCCUGGCGCCACAAAAGGAACAUCCUGAGUCAUUUACACCACGUCGUGAUCACCCUGAAACAACGAAACCACGUGAUGAUAAUCAAGAUAUUAUAAAGCAUAAUGAUAAUCGUCCACUUCAACCAAAAGAUUACAUACAUCAAGAAACUAGAAAUAUUGAAGAGAAGAUCCAUCACAUUAAGAGAGAGAACAAAGUAGAAGAAACCGUAGAGAGGAAAACUAGCACUGAUCGUUACCAAACCACAUAUCAAACUGAUUUUCCUCAAAAGAAAAUCAGUAAUGAUUGGAGUCCGUCCCACCAGGCGUGGGCCAGCACACUGCGCGCUGAUACUCCUACUACAACACGACCAUCGACCCGGGCGUCAUCUCCGGGAAGUAAAACUUUUAAGUCGAGUACGUCGUCUUUAAGGAGCAGUUUAAGCCCUGAUAAAAUAACCAGAAAGCCAUCAAGCCGCGGUGGAAGUCCCAGCAAAAUUGAUAGGUCGUCACCUACUCGCACAGUGGUUGACAAAGAUUCCACAACACAUUCCACAUAUUCUGUAACUGAAAUUAAAACGCACAAAAACACGACCUCUGAAGACAAACGACCUCCAACUGGACGUUCUCCAACCAGGCCUGGUUAUAGCCCCGAGCGAAAACCUCAAGACCAUCGUCAGAGACCAAGCGUAAGCCCGGAUAAACGGCCUCAAAAUUUGUCUUUUAAACCCAGUGUUAGCCCAGAUAGGAAACCAACACAUAGAGCAUCUCCCACUGAUAACUAUUCUAGAACCAUUUCCCCAUCUCGUCCACUGGAUCGUGAUGAAUCUCCAACACAACCACGAGAGAGCCCCGAGAAAAAACUGCCACAAAAAGCAACUCCAACUGAUAAAUAUCCUAGUGCCAGUUGCCCAAUCCGACCUCUGGAUCGUGAUGAAUCUCCAACGCGACCACGAGCGAGCCCUGAGAGGAAACCGUCUCAGAAAGCAACUCCAACUGAUAAAUAUCCUAGUGCCAGUUCCCCAACCCGUCCUCUGGAUCGUGAUGAAUCUCCAAUACGACCACGAGCGAGCCCCGAGAGGAAAUCGUCUCGUCCUGUAGAUCAUGAUGAAUUUUUGCGACCACGAGCGAGCCCUGAGAGGAAACCGUCUCAGAAAGCAACUCCAACUGAUAAAUAUCCUAGUGCUAGUUCCCCAACCCGUCCUCUGGAUCGUAAUGAUUCUCCAACGCGUCCACGAGCGAGCCCUGAGAGGAAAACGUCUCAGAAAGCAACUCCAACUGAUAAAUAUCCUAGUGCUAGUUCCCCAACCCGUCCUCUGGAUCGUAAUGAAUCUCCAACGCGUCCACGAGCGAGCCCUGAGAGGAAAACGUCUCAGAAAGCAACUCCAACUGAUAAAUAUCCUAGUGCCAGUUCCCCAACCCAUCCUUUGGAUCGUAAUGAAUCUCCAACGCGACCACGAGCGAGCCCUGAGAGGAAACCGUCUCGUCCUCUGGAUCGUGAUGAAUCUCCGACGCGACCACGAGCGAGCCCCGAAAGCAAGCCGCCACACAAAGCAAUUCUCACUGAUAACUAUCCAAGGAGCAGUUCACCAACUCGUCCUCUAAAUCGUGAUAAUUCUCCAGCACAUCCAGAGAAUACCCCUAAGGAUAAGUUCACUAAACCAGGUCAAAUUCCAGAACGCAAACAUCCUUAUGGCGGUCAGCCGGGCUCUACCUCCGAUUUACCCAGAAAUACUUCACCUUCUCGGCCUCAUCCUUCGGAAAGUAAUGUAAGGCCGGAUGAGAUGAGAGAAAGUCCCGAUCGCAAACCUCAGUCAACCAGUCCUGCCACUGAUGAUAUUUCACCUAAAAGAGGAAGUGUAAGUCCUGAUAGAAAACCGGGUUACAUGAGACCAACUUCUGCCAGCAGACCAUCAGACAACUUGAAAGGUAGAACAUCACCAACAAAACAAGUACCUUCACAGAGUCCAGAACGUAAACCCCAAAAUAAUUCGAAGACGAUAACAAAAGUUCAAGAAGAUCAUUAUAAGUUCAUUGACGAGGAAACGAAAAUGUAUACUCGUACUGAAAAAACUGAAAUUCAUGAUUCAAAGCACUCGCCGUCACGUCCUGAACGACCGACACCCAAAGAGACACUCUCAAAAAAGAGUCCUACUAAAGACACUCCUGAAUUCAAUGACGUCUCACCGUUCAGGAACAGAUCUCCUUCACCUAAGGACCAUAUCACAUCUACCAACCAAUAUAACCGAGUCGAUAUAACAACAACAACAAAUGAAGAAACAACUAUAAAGUAUCCGGCUUCGAAAGAUAAAGAUCGUUGUACCGAUAAAAAAUCGCCUAGAGAUCCAUCUCCUCCAAAAUAUGGAACUUAUGAUAAGAAAAAACCAUAUGAUGAUGACGACACCGAGGUUGCUAGGAGUGCAGUAACAACUGAAGACAACAAAUACGAUUCAUUGACACGUCGUGAGAAGUCUCCGAAGAAAACGCAGAGUCAACCAAGUUCCCCAACAAAGAAGAUACCUCGCAAUAGUGUAUCUCCGGUAAAAUCUCCGACCAAAGAUUCAAAAUAUAAACAUACUGCUGACUUUAUAUCUACAGAACAAAAGACCGAAGAGAUAAAUAAAACCGUCACUAAAGAACAUCCGAGGCGAUUGAUUACUCCAUCUUCGAGCCCUACUAGGAAACCUAAACCAACUGACACAGAGCCAUCAACUGGUCAAAGCUCUCCAACUACUUCAGUUAGUGGAUUCGUAUACUUCAGUUCUCCGCGAAACGAAAAAACUGUUGUUACAGACUUAGAUGAUCAAGAAAUUUAUUCGGAAACGAACGUAGUAGAUAAAAUCACUACUACAUAUAAGAGACCUGAAAGUCUCAGUGUGAAUAGACCUCAAUCUCCCACUAAGAUACCUUGUAGGUCACCUUCUCCGGAAAAGCGCGUGUCUCCGCCAAAGGAGUCUCUGCCAAGAAAAAGCUCCUUAAAGAAACCUACAACUGAAAUAACCCAAGCGUCUCCAAUCGAAAAGCCACCAUCUAGUUUUAGUGUAUCACCAACGGACGAUUCGAAAGAAUUCCCUGAUCAUAAAAUAGUGAAAAAAGACCAUCCAGAAACCCCUGAGUCUGACGCGCCCACUAGCAAACAAAAACCACCACUAGAACGCAGAGAAACAUAUGAAGAUCGCUGUCGCAAGAUCCUUGGUAUGAUGGAUGAUACCACUACAACUGUCACUACCAAGAAAACUUCUUACUUGAAGGAACCGGAAACAAACUUGAGUUCCCCUAGCUUUUCUCCUUGUCGUAGCCCUGCCCUAAAAGAAACUCCCUUCGAAUACCCAUCAGUAAAGAAAAUCACUAAAACCAAAACCGAUGUCACUGAUUUCAUAACUCAGGAACAACACAAUAUUGUACAGAUGACUACUACCCAUGUUGACAAGUUAGUCGACAAAAAAACUAAAACGCCUAGAGACACCUCCCCAACCAAGCUUCAAGAUAUUAUAACUACAGAGAAAAAUGUUCUGAAGGGUGAUGUUACAAUUAAAGAUACGAAAGAAGUAAAAACACUUAGUACCAAAAAAGUUCUUUCUCCUAGACAAAGUCCUGAACGAAAAUCGCCGAUGUCGUUUGAUGAUAAUUCAGGAGUUAAUGAGACUAUUACAACUAGAUUGAGCCCUGAUAAAAAACCGAGAUUAGAACCAACUACUAAUAAACCUGAAGAUAGACACCCGACAGACUCGAUUUCUGUAACUCAGGACUUUAUCGAAACCACAUCAACUGUUAGAACUAAAUAUGACAUUUCGGCUAAAGAAAAGAUACCAACUCGCUCCUCAGAGUCACCGACGAGAAAAAUUGUGUCAAAUAAACCAUCGAAACCCGGACAACCAUCAGAUAAGAGCCCAGAACGCAAACCAAGCGUCCAUAAAAAUAUUCAAAUCAAAACGAAUCCAGAUUAUGAGGAAUACCCAAAAGAAAAAUCACCUUCCAGACCUAAUUAUACAAAAACGACCAACUCUAUGGUAGUAGAAUACGACUCCACGUCUACCGUUGAGGAUUUAGAAGAGUUUUCAGAUUUACCUACACGUCAAAUGCCUCAGAUUAUAAAUGAUACUCCAACGAAACAUCCUUCAUCCUUCCAUCCUUCUGAUGAAAGUCCAGACCGCAAAGUCAGUCACGAUAAACCUUCUAUCAGAGCAAGCCCUGAGAAAAAAUUAAAAGAAUCAUCUCCGUCUAGAACUGGCCAUAGGACAACUGUAACUUCUGUGACUGAGUACGACAUCACUUCAGCUGUGGAUUUGCAAGAAAAUGUUACGACUGACACAGUUAAAACUAAAAAAAGUCUACGUGAAACUGAAUUACCUACACAAAAGAGUCCGAAAUCUGCAAACGAUACUCCGUUACAUCCUACAUAUACAAAUCGCAGUCCAGAUAGGAAGACAGACAGCCGAGAAAAGCCGUCAAGUCUUAGAUACAGCCCAGAGAAAAGCUAUGCUGAUAAAUAUCCAAGUGAUGACUCCCAGACGGAGCCUGAAAAAGUGCCCAGUUAUACGAAAACUACCAAAUCUGCUACAUCAAAAUCAGAUGUAGUAUCAACGGAUAUAGAAAAAAAAAUGUCACUCAAAACAACAGAAAAACAUGACACACAUCGUUCACCAGGGUCACCUACUAGGAAAACUACUGAACCAAAAGAUUAUACUCGUACUGGUUCCCCACCUAGACCUACCGAACCUGCUGAUAGGAGUCCCCAGCGUAAGCCAUCAAAAGAUGAAAUCACGCCAAAAAAGACAAGUCCUGAAAAGCAAGACUUUCAUAAAAAAGAACCAUCACCAACCAGAAUAAAACCUAGUUCAGAAAAAACACCUGGGUAUGUAAAGACGACUUCAUCUCACGUUCAUAAACAGAACACCUUGGCAAUGACUAAAGAUAUCACGGAAAGUCACUCGACAGAGACUGUUGAACGAGCGCGUCAUCCCCGACCGCUUUCACCAUCUAAGCAACCCACAGAAAACAAAUCAUACACGAAAAAUGAAAGUCCUGAUCGCAAGCAGCGAUACCCAGAGCCGGCAGAUAGAAAACCUCGAGAAAAUUCUCCUUCUAAGCCAAGCCCGGAUACUCCUGGCUACAUGAGAAAAACCUCUGCAAGCAUUCGGAGAGUGUCGGAAGAUCAUGUGGAAACGUCUUCUAUUACAAUUGAUAGUGCACCAAUUAAACCUCACAAACAAUAUCCAAACAGCAUUCCCAGACAUGACGAUAUUUCAACUCGAGCUAGUCCUGAUAGACAUACAAGAGAAAGGAUUCCUAAGGAAACAUCUCCAGUAAGAAAACCAGUAAUACUUACGGAUGAAAAAGAUUCCAAUUACUUAGGCACCACAACCACCUCAAAAGAUAUUAAAAAUACCACUACGACACAAAUCACCGAAGAAGAUCAAACCAUUCGACAACGUUCCAGCAUUUCCCCUACGAGACAUGAUUCUAAGCCUUUGGAUAGUUCCAAGCCUACUCCUGAAAGUCCUAUCAAAGAAUUGCCUAUCAACCGUAAUUCUGAUAUUUCAAUGAAUAAACCUUCUAUACCAAAAGGCAGCCCAACAAAAAUAUCUGAUCAUAAUACAACUCGGCAAAUUCCACAUCGUCCAAGCUCUAGCCCCGAUAGAAAACCAAGUCACAAGACAUCAUCUAACUUGAAAAUGACAUCUACUACAGAAGAAAUUAUUAUCACAAAUGUCGGAGAAAGGCAUCCACUGCCAAGAUCCACCGAAUCACCAACACACCACACUUCUCAUGAACCGUCAAAAUUCCAACCUGGUCAUUUGCAACAACCCGAAGAACAAAGACAACUUCGUACGCCUUCACCAACAAAGAAAACCACCCAAGUUACAGAAAUAAGUACAGAUUUCAUUACGUCUGAGAAGGAUCAGGAAAUUAUUGAUAGAGUCCAGAAAUCAAUCAGGAAACUAUCACCAGAGCGCAAAGAACGGUCACCUAGCCGAGAGAAGAGCCUUGGUAAAACCACGAGCAGCUUGCAUGACAUUAAUAUAACUACACAUACAGAAACAGAUGAUGAAUCUGUAUCUGAGGAUUUCACUGAAAUUACAGAGAAAUGCACAGUCACAAAAAAAUAUACUCGUCCUGUAAAACCCCAAGAUGAAAAACCAAAAGAUCAGAAAGUGCCUACCAAACAAACAACUAGGACGGUUUCUCCUACUAAAAAACCGUCAGGACUCGCUACACCUUCUAAAGUAGACAAGAGCCCAGAUUCUCCAACCAAAACUAGAAGUGUUUCACCCAAAAAGCCUGUCUUUUCAACGGAAAGGUCACAAUCACCACAGAUUUCGAAACCUAGUGGAAUUAAGCCUAAAGAACAGAUACCUUCGCAUUUGACUAGGAAACCAACUCCUGCUACUCUACAUGUCAAUAAAGUAGACAAGACUGUGACUGAAGUAAAGAAGACCACUAAUACAAGCUCUGUUACAAAACAAAAUAGUUUCACUCGGACAACAAACGCAAGUAAAACUACAACAAAGUCUAUUCCAUCUCCAACAGGUCGUCCCAAUGAGCCCGAGACAAGGCGGGUUCCAACUCCGAAAGGCAUUAGAGAAAGCACAAUUCCGACUAGGAAAGAAAACGAUACAAAGGUUACGCGCACUAGCAGCGACCUCACUAUAAAGACAAAUAAAAUAUCACCUCAGAGGAUGAAGUCAAAACCAGAAAUACAAGUGAGUGAUAUGUCGACUAAAUCAACAUUAAACACAAAAAAAUCUAUUAAAGAACCACAUUCAAAACUGCCAACCAAACCUAAAUCAGCUACAACAUUAAAUACUUCUACUGAUGAAGAUGAUAUUAUUGUUGAUGUGGAGCAAUCCAAGUCAUCUCGAGAGAAUUCACCAGAUCGCAUCUGUCCUACACCGGUCAACUUUACAGAGGAUAUAGGUACUCCGCGUUAUCCUGACGAAGUAAGUGAGCCUGAUGAUGAAUUCCGCAGGAGAACACAUCACACAAUCCACGAAGCUGAGUCUAUUGUUGAUGAUAUCGUUGAAAUUUGUGAAGAUGACGAACUGUUUGUAAGAAAAACCGACGUUGGAGUCUUCACAGAGGAAGACGAAAGUCUCCUUAGCGUAACAGACAAGGUCUCGAGGUUUACAAAAGGUGUUGAUACAAUAAACAAGUCAAAGGAUACUACCACGAUCUUCAAAGAGACUGAAAAACGAGUUCAUUCUGAUUUUAUUGACGAUAAGUUGAAGUCUGAUGAGUGUUUGCUAUCAGUGUCAGAGAAAGUUAACAAGUUUGCCAAAGGACCAAAGGAUACAAGGGAGAGUAAGAGUCCAUCACGCAGGGUCACAGAUGAGUACGAUAAAAAUACUGUGUAUCAAGAUGAUUACACCAAACUUAGUGUACAUGACAAAGCACACUUGUUCGUAGAAACCGCAGAAAAUGUUAAGAUCCCGAAAGUUAAACCAACUCCUCAACGAGUAGAACGACCUGACUUGAGUAACGUUGAUGACUCCUUAAAGAGCGAUGACUGUUUGCUUAGCGUUUCUGACAAAGUCCAUAAAUUUGUUAAAACAGCAGAGCAAUUCUUGACUGAAUCGCAUGAGGUCGAAGAAAAGGAUAAAAAAAUUAAGGAACAACAUGAAAAGAUUAUGCGGAAAAUUGUUACAGAUGUUGACGAUGACGAGCAAGAUAUAGAACGAACUAUAAUCACAGAAGAUAUAGAUGUAACUGACAAAAGUUCGCCAAAUCAUCGUGAUGAGAAAAUGAAGCAAAAAGAAACUACAUCAUCACUUCCAAAAAUUAAAGACUACAGUAACACAAACAUCAAGCCUAACGAAAGGACGCCUACUGUUAAAAUAACUACUCUCCGUAGUAGUGAAGCUGUGAAGAAAGCUAAGGCUCUGUUUGAAAAUAUUGCAACAACAACUCAAAAACCAAAAGAAACUUCUCAAGUUAAAACUACCAAGUUGACCGAUAUCGGUGUAAUAAAGAAAUCUCCAAAAACUGACUCCACUGCUGUUUUACAUCCUUCUGCUGAGGAUGAAUCUCCUAAUAUAACUGAUUUAGACAUUCAUCCACAGAAGGAUCGUCCAACUAGUGGUACUAUGACUCGACCACGUUAUCCUCAAUCAGAUGACGAUAAACCACGCAGCAGUCCAUCCCGUUUGAAUGCCCAAUCUCCAGACGUUCCAAGAUCUAAAUCUCCUAUGCGUCAGACUAUUGAAACCACAACCACUACCAAAACUGUCGUGUCUCGAUAUCCUCUCUCUCAGCGAGCUGAAUCUCCGAGACAACGUCCAGAGACUGAAAAGCCCGAUAAAAUUCCCGGAUAUCUUCGACCCACAAAGACCAGUCAAAUCAAAGAAGAGACGAAGGUGGUUGAGGAUACCGAAGUCAGCAGUCGACGUGGAAGUGGAAAGUUUGGUAUAGAGCUUCGAAGGACUAGUGUGGAAAGGUCGACAGCAAGCAGCGAGCGGCGACGCAGCGUCGAACACCCCUGCAUAGAAGAUAUCUUCGACCUGGACCUCCUGGAACAAAUGUUGGAAAAGGUCGUUGGUUACGAGCAGAGGCGACGCAUCAGAUCCCAGAUUCGCAUUGCUAAGAAGAAGCAAGAAUCUGAACACACUGAUACUAACACGUAUACUAAAACUACCAGACAGACUGUGACUACUCAAAAGCUUAGGUCCCCCGAGCGCCAACACACGAGAUCACCAGAACGGAAUGCUCCAAAAGCUACACCACAUAAAGACACUUCUCCUGACCGCCACGCUAAAACACCUCAGAGAACUAUUCCGGAACGCACUCAGCCUAGAGAACAAGUGCAACCAGUACUUAACGGCCACUCAAAGGAACCAAACCAUGCUCUCAGUGACCGGCGUCCGAGACCACAUAGUCCAGAAAAACCCACCUCUAAGUCUGUACCAAAAUCUAAGAGUCCGGUCCGUCAACCCAGCCCAGACAAAAAGUCUCGAACCCGUUCUCCUAGCAAAAGUGCUGCACCGAAACCUAAGCCAAACCGUUUCAAUGAAUAUGCAUCAGCUUAUAUGAAGAAAGUGGGUUUGAGUGAAGCGGACAAGAUCAGAUUUGCCGAAGCAAAAUCAAAGAAGACAGCCGAAGAAAAGCAGCGUACAGUGAAACACACAGAACACAAGAUUGUGGAAGAAUACUCGACUGCUAAGAGCUUCACAGACAAAGUUGCGUCUCACGAUGUGAUUGAGGUGGUCCAACUGAAUGGAACCAAUAAGAGGUCUCCGUCACCAGAGAAGCGACAGAGUCCUGAAAGGAAGGCAUACAGUCCACAGCGAAUUUAUGAACGUACGCCAAGUCCUUCACAAAAGCAAAUAAGAUCAGAACCGGUUAAAAAAGAAACGAUCAUAAAAACCGUCUACGAAAUAGAGAAGAAAAUACCUCAAAAGCAAGUCCAAGAAGAAAAGCCGUCGUGGGUGACGAACAGGAACCUCAAGAAGAUUAGCUCGGAGACUAGAACAUUCAGUAGUAAAAAAAUUGAAGAGAAACCAAAAUACAGAGCAGCCAGUCCUUCUAAAGCGAUCACGAAACCUAUCGACGUGAUCACGUCGAGCUACGGGCCGGGGCCGCUGGACGCGGACGGCAAACCGCUGUUUGGUAUCAGGGCGUUGAGGAACGGCGCUUCUAACUACCAAGUCAAGGGCACGGUGAUCCGCCAGGAGUAUCACUCCCGUAAUGGAGGUGAACCUGAGGGAACAGUCUCCGUGACGGCUUACUCCACGGAGCCCGAGGACCUAGAGCGUCUGCUGCAGGGUCAGGGGGAGCCUCCCUCUCGUAUCCACGGGCUCGCUGCCAUCACCACCACCAAGAAGUUCGGAGGAGACACCGGCACUACCUUGAAGGAAGCACACGGUAGGGAAGAUCGCGCCGCCAUAGACCAAUUCACUCACAGUGACCGCCGCGUCUCCGACACCAGGAUCGAAGACAUCACUGAGAGAAGUACUAGACAUGAAGACAUCGUAGGAGAAACCAGACGCAUUGAGAGCAGAAGAGAGGAGAUCGUAGGAGAUAGGAGCAGACAGGCAAGAGAAGAAAUUAUAGACAGUUCUAAAGAUAGGAGAGAGGAUAAGUCGGACAGGAUGCAACGGCGAGUGGAGAAAGUAGAGAAGAAGGGAGAUAGUACGCAAGAGAGGCGGGGGAGGAUAGAAAGGGCAGAUGACAAGAAGACCGUCAGGCAGAGCUCCGUGAAGUCACUCACAGAGAAAUACAUCAAGAGUGCCAAUGAGAGCAGCAAGGCAGAACGCACCACCUACCCGAAGGCGGGCCUGAUUCUGCGCACUUCCACCAUGAAGGACAGCGUCUCCAGCGACUCCUCAGCACAUGCUGGUCUGACCCGCACAGACAGCGAGCACAGCCUGGGUUCCGUGGAGGACACGGUGGUGACGACGUCGGAGCGGGUGGACGGCGGGGUCCGGACGGUCACCACCACCACUCGCACCCACGGCUCCACCACGCACCACUCCCGGCCUGAGAAGUCCUUCCUCGACAGCAAUACCAAGGUCACAGGAGUACAGGACAUACUCACCAGGAUGAAGAACGCUGAUAUAGUGAUCCAGGAGGGUGACACGACGGAGGAUACGGAGGCGCGCGCCCUGCUGAACAAGUUCCUCGGCGCCACCGUGCUGAUGGCUGGCAUGCAGAACUACGUCACGGAGAAACCCACCGGCAAGGUCGUCGUCAAACAGGAGACAGUCCGCACGAGCAGCAGUGGUGGCGGCAAAGUAACCAGCACUCAGACCAGGACUAUCGAGGACUUCGACGUAGACCAGUGCUGGGACGAGCGCCUGCUCAGGAAACUCUUGGACGAGUGCAACGACUACGAGCAACGUCGACGACUGCGCGCGCGCAUCCGCACCCUAAUGGCUGAACAAGAAGCAUGCGCGAGCGCCGUGACGGAGGCCCUGGCGGCAGCGGGCGAAGCUGAAGGUGCAGAAGGCGAUAGUCGUGAGGAAGAGGAAGUAACCGUGACAUCGAGCGUGAGGAGGAACUCAUCAGAGAAAACUGUUAGUAGUAGCACCACCACCGUUAAAACAUCUAAAGUGAUAGAGAGUAUGACCAGGCCGGCGCCCAAGCCCGUGUCGCCCUUCGCCAAGUUCCGGCAACUCGAAAAACAAAACUCAACAAACAGUCCCAACUCGCCCAAGACCCCGCAGAGCCCGGGCUCUCCGGCGCAGCCUUACUUCAAGUUCACGGACCCCGCGCUGCAAGCCAGCGCCGUCACUAUUAAAGAACGAUUGCUGCAGUGGUGUCGCGACAAGACCCGGGACUACGAGAAUGUGAAGCUGGAGAACUUCUCCACGAGUUGGGCGGACGGGCUGGCGUUCUGCGCCCUAGUGCACCACUUCCUGCCUGACGCCUUCGACUACUCCAAGCUCUCGCCUGAGAAACGCCGACACAACUUUACGCUCGCCUUCAAAAUUGCCGAUGAGAAGGCGGGCAUCUAUCCCCUACUAGACGUGGACGAUAUGGUGACGAUGCGCAAACCAGACUGGAAGUGUGUGUUCACAUACGUGCAGUCCAUCUACCGCCGGUUCAAGGACCAGGACUGACCGUCACCCUGUUGCCCGGACGUGGGACGUAAACACCGUAUAUUGUCACUACAAAGUACAAACGUUGUGAAGCCUCGAGGGGUAAUUGAUUAGACUCCCUUGUGUCUAAGCUGGCGAUUAUUUUUAGAAGGCUUCAGUGAUUUAGUCGAGAGUACCCUGUUAGCUGAAGUGAAGUGACAGUAGACGGUGUUCACGUCGCUGGGGAUUCAGGCGCCAGCGCCGAGUAGUAGAGCGCUGUAGUCACAAAUAGUACGUUACGAGGUGUGUUAUAUAAAUCCAAAGAGCGUAUGUUGUUGAUUUGUUAGUUUGUUGUAAAUGUUUAUAUGUCAGUGUCCGCCCAACUCGUAUCUCCACGCGCUGUCUCGAUACAGUCCUCCUAUUUACUAUUAUCUCAAGAUGUGAUUUUUUUCUACGUUAGCUUGUAAGGUUAAACUAACAUUUAUAUAUCGAGCGACUACUGGUAGGUCAUAGCGUAGUACCGCACUGCUGAGGAUCGCUUGCACUUAUAUACCCACAUAAGAGAGUAGUAUCCUUGUUUAUCAGUGUACAUACUGUUUCACGAUUAUUUAACGUAUUUUAUGAAUUUGAUAUUAAUAACAACAGCGGCUUCAUGUAUUCGCUACUGAUUUUAUGAAAUUUGAUAUUAUUAUAUUAUUAUGAUUAUUAU